CUUGUUUUCUCUCUCAAUCCCUAACUGCUGCUGGUGCUGCUUCCAUUAGCGUCGUCGACCGAGGUCUCUAAAGCCCUAACCCAUGGCAACUCAGAUCAGCAAAAAGAGGAAGUUCGUCGCUGACGGAGUUUUCUUCGCCGAGCUCAACGAGGUUCUGACCAGAGAGCUCGCUGAAGAUGGCUACUCCGGUGUGGAGGUCAGAGUCACUCCCAUGCGUACUGAGAUCAUCAUCAGAGCCACUCGUACCCAAAAUGUUCUGGGUGAGAAGGGAAGGAGGAUUAGGGAACUGACAUCACUUGUUCAAAAGAGAUUCAGAUUCCCUCAGGACAGUGUUGAGCUUUAUGCUGAGAAGGUUAACAACAGAGGUCUCUGUGCCAUUGCCCAGGCUGAGUCUCUCCGCUACAAGCUCUUGGGUGGUCUUGCUGUUCGUAGGGCUUGCUAUGGUGUCUUGAGAUUUGUCAUGGAGAGCGGAGCCAAGGGUUGUGAGGUGAUUGUCAGUGGAAAGCUUAGGGCUCAGCGUGCAAAAUCGAUGAAAUUCAAGGACGGGUAUAUGAUCUCCUCAGGUCAGCCAUGCAAAGAAUACAUUGACUCGGCAGUCAGACACGUCCUCUUGAGACAGGGUGUUCUUGGUAUCAAGGUCAAGAUCAUGUUGGAUUGGGACCCUAAGGGCAAGCAUGGGCCCAAGACGCCACUUCCCGACCAGGUCACUAUACAUGCUCCCAAGGAUGAGGAAGGACCCGCCCAUGUUCCUGUUCAGGUCGUUCACCAACCCGUUGCAGUUCCAGUACCCGAGACCGAGAUCCCUGUUAUGGCUUAAAAAUGUUUGAAUCUCUCUUGCAAUCAUCCUUUUUUGGGUUCUUAAUCGAUUACUUGAUGGGUUUAGGCUUUUGGUCUUUGUAAUUGACUUGUCGGAUUUGUGUUAUAAACAUUCAAGAUCAAGAUUUUGUUUAGCAGUGAA